CACCCUAAGCCCAGCGUGCGCCGGACCAGGCGCGGAGUUCAUUGCGUGCUUUUAGCCCAUCCCAUCGGAGGCCGCACCUCCUCCUCCAGUCUCUGCAGACCGCGGACGCGUCCAGUCUGACGUGAAGAGGAGACGAAUUGAGAGCGGUUUGUCUUAGCAUCCUUGAGAGCCCUGAGAGGUGGAGGGCGCGGACGCCGCCCUAGGGGUCGCCCAUCGCAGGAUCGCAGGAUCGCAGGAUCGCAGGAUCGCAGGAUCGCAGGAUCGCAGGAUCGCAGGGUCGCAGCGCGAGCUACUUUUCCACUCACUCGGUGACCGCGUCGCCGCGCGGGGCUCAGCAGCUUCUGGGCUUGGCGGGUCUGGGGAACCCGCAUCGCAGGGACCAUGGCCCCGGGAUCCGCAGCCCGCCAGGAGGCGGUGGUGCAGCUGCUGCUCUUGUGUGGGUUGCCGGCGACCGCAGGUUUUUUGGAAGUGGCGACACGAGGAACACUACAGACGGUACACCUGAAUGACAACGUCACCAUCUUCUGCAAAGCUUCUGGCUUCUCAAAGCUGGACAGCAGGUUUAUUGGCAUUAGAUGGUAUCGGAAGGAUCAUGUGUCUAAAGAAGAGAAUAAAGUGUUUGAGUCAUUUGGUGAUAAAAAAAAUGCUGCCCGAACUGGAGCUGAGGUGUCUCCAGAGGGGCUGCAGUGGGGUGACGCCUCCCUGCAGCUACCUGGGGUCCAGCUGAGGGAUGCAGGAGAAUAUCGGUGUGAGGUGGUGGUCCCCCCUCAGAAGGCAGAAGGCAGGGUCUUGCUGGAAGUUCUCGCUAAUCCCACUAACAGAGUGUUUUUGGAGCAAACCAAGGGCAGAGGUAAAGAGGUACACCUUGUGUGUCAGUCCAUUGGGUUCUACCCAGAAGUGAUUAACAUAACAUGGGAGAAGCAGACCCAGAAGUUUCCGCUGUACCAGAGAAUUUCCACAGAUGUCUAUACUGGUCCCAUCAUCAAGAACGAAAAGGGUAUAUUUAACAUUACCAGCUACUUGAAACUCAAUGCCUCCCUGGAAGACAAUGGAACCACCUACUCUUGUGUGGUGUGGCACAAAUCCUUGUACACAUACGAGAGGUUGAACUACACAUGGCAGGUUGAACUACCUGUGAGAGAAGCUGAGAACGUGGGUCACUUCCGGAGUAUUUUUCCUCCUAUUCUACAGAUUUUAAUAGUGGUUUUUCUUUAUUGUGUUUUGAUAAGGUGCCAUUUAUGUAAACCACCACUGAACAAUGACUUUGAAGAAGGGUCAGAAAUGGACACGGGCUCUUCCGGUGUUAUGGUGUCAAUUGCAGAUGAGUUAGUUAGAAAUACAGGCAACUGACUUCUGGGAGAACAUGGUGGACAGAGAGCAGCCUACCGAGGCUCUCUGAGAGACCCAGCUUAGAAUCCAGGAAUGGUUGCAGAGUGAGGAAUCCUAAGCAAGAGGAGAUGUACCCUGCUGACCCAAGAACGAACUGGGCUGAGAGAAACCAACUGGGAAUGCAAUCCUGGUGCUAUAACAGGAACAGAUAAAGCCUCAGUGUGGAAGCUGGAGCCCGUGCCAUUGGAAGAUGUGAUUUGGGUUUCCUGCCACCGCUGCUGCAUCUGAAUCGACUCGGCAGGGAGAGAGAUGCACAAAAGCUCUGAGAAUGGGAAUCAGUGAAUGGAGUUGAGAGUGGGACGGGCAGUGAGCUGUGCAUCGACCUGCGGUGAGUGAGGGAAACUGGGACUCUUCCAUGGUCUAGGAGGCUCCAACAGAGGACAUUCUAGGACCAGGCAGACUUGCAGGAACAGGGCAUUGUAGUGACCUCAGUCACAUAUCCCCCUCUCAAGCGGGAUUGGUGAGCAGUGCCUAGCCUACAUGACGCUGCUGGCUGAGACCCAGUAGGCUAGCACAACCCAGGUUUCAGUGCCUAGAGGUGCACUCUAGUGGUGAAGCCUUCAGUAGGGUGACCUGGAGGGGCAGGCCCCGCAUAGGUUGCCUGGCCCAUAACUCCCUGGUGCACUGCUGUGGGCGGGAACACCUAGCCGGCACAAUUCAAACAGACUGGGAAGGAAGCUGGGCCUCCUAUAUACGCUUGUAUUUAAGGAACAAAGAAUAUGGGAAGAGGGAGCAACAAGAAAGGCUCCUUGGCCCCUAAUCCUGAGAAACAGGCAAUAGCAGACACCGCACCAAUAGACAUAAAGCGCUAUCUCCAGAGCCUCAUAGAUGAGUUCAGGAAUGAAGUUAUUAAUGACCUGAAGCAAGACAUCAGCAGAAUAGUUAGAGAAAUGCUAAGCAUCACCCAAGAAAAAACAGAUGGUGGAAUGGAGCAACAGAAAAAAAGGGGAGAAUUGUUUGAUGGAGAAAAUAGAGAAAACAUAGAAUAUGUGAAGCAGGUUCAAAGAGAUUACCAAGAAACUAAAAACUCUAUUGAAAACUGGCAUAACAGCUUGAAAGAAACUAAGGAUAGAUUAUCUGAACUGGAGGGCAAAUUUGUAAUAUGGGAGCAUGAAAUGAAAAACUUCUUAAAAAUAACAAAGAAACAGCAAUAAUACAAAGACUAGAAGAUGAUAAGAGGAUCUAUAACUUAAGAAUUAAGAACAUAAAAGAAGAGGUAGGGACACAAACAAAUGAACUACAAAAGCUACUUACAGAAAUAAUCCAAGAGAAUUUUCCUAAUUUAGCAAAAGGUAAAGGUACUCAGAUGUAUGAAGCAUACAAGACCCCAGCCACCUACAACCCAAACAGAGCUACACCCAGGCAUAUAAUAAUCAAAAUUCCAGAAAUCCAAUAUAAGAACAGAAUAUUAAAAGCCGUCAGAGACAAGAAACAGAUCACUUACAAGGGAACACCCAUCAGAAUUACAGCAGACUUCUCGGCACAAACCAUCAAAUCACGAAGAGCGUGGGGGGAAAUAAUUCAAGCUUUGAAAGAUAAUAACCUCCAUCCAAGAUUGAUAUAUCCUGCACAAGUAUCCCUGGAAAUUGAUGGAAAAACAAGGUGCUUCCAGGAUAAAGAGAAACUAGGCGAAUAUGCAACCACCAAUUCAACCCUACAGAGAAUACUGCAGGAUAUUCUAAAAAAGAAAAAUACAAAGAUUCCAGAAAUAGUGGCAGAGAGGCCACAAUGAAUGGAGCAGAAAACAAAAUGAAGAAGACAAACUGACAACUAAUGACAGAAAAAGAGCUCAACAGAAAUGAGGCAGAGAAGAUUGGAUGAUAGGAAUAGCUAUUUUGGAGAAAACGACGUCAUAAUAGGUAAUGCUGAUUUAAUAUCAUCUUGUUUUGAGGUCCCAUCAAGCUUUUGUUCUUUUGUCUCUAUAGGUCUUAACAUGUUGUAUCUUAUUGGAUUUUAUUAUAUGUGAUAGUAUAAACAAAAACUUUUAUAGACAAGUAGAUUAUACAGAAACCAUUGUUCAUUUUCUGUUAGUUGAUUCUAAAUACCCUGUAAUGAUGUCAUUCUCUUGAAUGGUUUUACAUUGUUUUGAUAUAUUUGAUGCUACAGUAUAUGAAGUUAUACUCAAAGAUUUCAAGAAAAGAGACAAUAUGGUAACUACUUUUAUGUCAGGAUUAUCUUGUGGUGAAACACUAUUUUGCUUAAAUGGUUAUGCUUUGACCUGCACUGUUUUGUUGUUAUGCCCUCUUUUAUAUCAAUCUCCAUUUUAUUAUUUACUUCUUUAUUUUUAUCCUUUUAAUUAAGGGAAAAAUAAAUUUAAAAAUAGCAGGAUAUAUUAUAGUAACCCACUUUGAUUUUCUAUUAACUUGAUUUGAAGCCCUGUAUUGCUCUCACCAUCUUGUUUUGACUGAUGUUCCUCUAUUCUGUUUUGCUUGAUAGUACCAGGUUUGAAAGUUUAGGCAACAGCUGUGAAGAUAGUGGGAUUCAUUAUGACGCCCAUUCUGGUUGACUAUUAUCUACUUUUGAAGACCUGUAAUGUCUCCAAUGUUUUGGUUCUGUUGGUUUCGUUCUUUACUGUUUUGUUCAAUUUUAUUAUAACUGAUGAUAUAGGCAAUUCUAUUGGAGAUAGCGAAAGGCAUUAUGGUAACCAUUGUUGAUCACCUUGUAUUAUGUUUUUACAUUAUCCUGUCCACCCUUUUGAUUUGACCGACUCUGUUCUGUUAUGUCACAUUUGGUUUUACUUUCUUCCAAAAAAGUAGUAAGAACUGUGGGAGUAAUAAAACCCAAAAAGUGUAAUAGUCGUUGCACAAAAGAGAGGAAAAGAAAGUGUUCUACAUGAUAUAACUGCAUGUAUAUUUAAGUGUAUAAGAUAGACAAUGAUAUUACUGAGUUUUGUUGGAUCAUUGAAUAGAACUGUUUGCAGUCUCAUAGUUUGAAUGUCCACUUUAUAUGCUUUAAUUUUGUAACUUGAACAAAUUUCUAAGAUGACAAUAUGUAAUCCAUUAACUAUUGAUUUCCUACUGUUUAUAUUUUUCUGAAAUUCUGUAUAACUUGUACCCUUUUUCUGCUUUUUUUUCUUUUUCUCCUUAAAUAAAAUUAAAAAGAAAAAGAAAUGGACACGGACAUCACUCUCAAGGCCUAAGGAGCCUCUGAGUGAGGCCACCUGGGGGCUUGGAGGAGCCAAAGGCAGUCAGUGCUUCUAGCAAACUAAGGUCCCAAGCAUCGCGCAAUCUCCCAAAUCUAAUGGUUUAUUGAACAUUUAUCACAUUCACAGCAAGACAGAGGGGCACUGAUCCAUGGUGUAAGCUGGAAGCCAGAUGUGGCACUGGUGGUUCAGGAUCUUUCUUUUACCCAGCCAGUAUGCCAGGAGGACACAGGCAUCCCAGUGGGCAUCACUGGAACUCUUGGCGAUCUGUAAACUGAGCACCGGAACCCUCGGCAAUCCAGAGACCAGUAGAGCUUGGAAGCCUACUGCGAGAGAAGCAAGAGAAGCCUUCUGGACAGGCGGAGCAACAGCCAGAGACAUUUGCAGAUCCUAAGCAGGUGCUCUGCCAACAGCAGCCCACAACACUGUGCCUGAAGACUGAGCCGAAGAGCAGCUGGAGGCUUUGUCUUUCGUGCUGUGGGGACUUUGAAACAAGUAACAGGCUAAUCUCUCAGUGCUACUGUAAGUUGGUAAGAACACAUUUAUAUGAUAAAAAUACAUUCUUGAAAAGGUUCAUAAGGUAAGAUUUUUGGCCAGUCAUACGGUUAUCACUCUACAUGGUUACCAUCAAGUUAUCACAUUAGGCACACUGCUUAUAUGGUUAUCAUAAGCUAGUUCUGACUCAGAAAAUAAAUUCAGAACUAGACAGAAGCAUAAGAUGUCUUCUGUCCUGCUCACACCCACAAGGGGCCAAAGUCCUGAACCCCUGGGUAAUUUGCACAGAUGACUCCACUCCUUCAGGCAUAUCCAUGUCCAACAAUGUUACAUAGCUGUCCAGUGCCCUCCAGCCCACUCCCUGGACAUUGGGCUCAAACAUGUGCCUUGCUUUAGUUGACACAAGAAAGUGGGGCUGGGGAUUUAGCUCAGCAGCAUAAGCGCCUGCCUUGCAAGCAGGCAGUCAUGAGUUCGAUCCCCGGUACCGAUAAAAAUGAAAAAGAAAAAAAAAAAAAAGUGAAUACAAGCCAGUUCCCAGUGUGGCCCUUCAGAGGCCUUUUGUGUCUUCCUUUGCUGCCUCUGACACAAGAAGAACAAAUCCAGCCUGGCCGGCUGGAGGAUGAGCAAUAGAGGAAGCCCACGUCAUCUGAGGUGAAGUGACAGCUGCUUUUCCACACUUGACUCUGGGUGGCCAUUGUAAGUCAAUCUUGUAAAUUCUUAUAUUUGUUAUAUGUUUCAUUAAAUCUGUUUCUGUAGUGAGCACUGACUGAUACACUCCAUGUUGUCCUGGAUGAUGAUGUUUUUCUCCUCCUCCUCCUCCUUCUCCUUCUCCUCCACCUGUCUUCCUCUCUCUCCUCAAAUGGCCUGCAUUAUGGCCUGAGGCUUUUCCCUCCUCUCCUGUCCCCAUUGUCUUUCAGAGGAAUUACCCCAAAUAAUUCUUGUGGACUUCUGACUCCCUUUGGAACCUGCUUCCCAGAACACCCAAAAGGACUGAGCACUAUAUGGAGGGACAUGGUGCUUUCGUGGCUUCAUCCAGGGCUACAGGGGCCGUUCUCACGAAGAGACAGACAACAAAGAAUGAGGGUGCAACCAGAUGUCCUUUCCUGAUGACCGAGACCACUGCUCAAGCAGACUGUUGAGACCACCCUCCAAGGAGAUGGGACUAUGUGAUGAUUUUCAUUCCCCUUCCAAGAUGGAUUGGAAAAAGAGGACGCAGUUGGAAUUGAACCAAAGAAAGUUUCAGUUGUGUCAAUUUCCCUCUGGUUUAUAGCUUCCCCAGUAACAAUGGAAUUAUUUCAAACAUAAUAGAGAAUAAAGUGACACAGAGCUACACAA